AUGAGUCCUGCAGCCAAUAAGGUUCAAACUGCUUGUGCUUUGACGCCUGCUUCUGCUGCUGUCAUCAGAGCUCCCCGGCUGCAGCUCGUCCGAUCAAAUAAAAGUUUGAAGGUUUUGCCGUUGUACCAGAGAGGCGCUGGUCGCAUUCACGCUUCUUUGUCAACUGCAGCGCCUUUGUCAUCAGCCAAGCCAGAUGACCUUGUGGCCUCCAUUCUUUCCAAGGUUAUGCAAACAGACAGGGGUGUAUUGCUGACGAGGAAUGAGCAUGAUAAAGUUGCUGAAGUAGCGCGUGAUUUGCAGCAGUAUUGUGUGGAUGAGCCAGUAAAAUGCCCUCUUAUUUUCGGAGAGUGGAAUGUUGUGUAUUGUUCGAACCCUACAUCACCAGGAGGAGGCUAUAGGAGUGCAAUUGGCCGCUUAUUCUUCAAAACAAAAGAAAUGAUUCAGGUUGUUGAAGCUCCUGAUAUAGUGAGAAACAAAGUGUCCUUCUCACUUCUAGGGCUUGUUGACGGGGGGGUCUCUUUAGAAGGGAAACUCAAUGUCCUGGAUGAAAAGUGGAUACAAGUGGUAUUUGAUGCACCUGAACUUAAGUUUGGAGGACUAGAGUUUCGGUAUGGUGGUCAGAGUGAGGUAAAGCUAGAAAUCACAUACAUAGAUGAGAAGAUUAGGUUGGGAAAAGGCUCUAGGGGUUCUCUAUUUGUCUUCCAAAGACGCAAAUAACCACAACAAAACAAUCAACUUGCUGUAAAUUAGUACUUUGACGUUGUGGACCCCACACAAAUGAUGAAGUUGAUUCACCUAGAAAGUAAAGAACAAGCAAGUAGCAGAUAUGUUUUCGAGCUACUAUUGUACUGAAGAACUUUUUACUUGAUUCAACAAAAUAAUAAUGUAUGUGUUGUAACAAAAUUCUAAACUGGAUGCAGCCUAACCAGAAAAUUGAGUAUAUCUUACCUGAUCAAAGGUAGGGAAUCUCUGCGGAAAGACAGCGUUCAUUAA